UCCCAUAAAAAGACGGGUUUUGCAGUGUUGUUAAAGGAUAACCUGGGCUGGAACUGCGUCUGGAGCUCCCUGUAACAGCUGCCUCGUCGUUUGGCACAACACACCGAGUUGAACUACCUUAUCUCCUCCAAAUCCCUGUCUGGCUGACAGCGGACAGAAAUGUCGGAGACGUCAAGUGAUGCAGAGUCGUCCUGUGGCUGGACCAUUAUCAGUAAUGAGGGUUCAGAUAUUGAGAUGUUGGGAGCAGAGGCUGCCGAGCUGUUAGAGCGUCCUCCAGCAGAGGAGGAGGAGCGGCAGGAUGAACAGGCCUCAGACUCCACUGCUCAGUGUGAUGAAGAACAAGUUGCAGAGUCACUUGAUGAAACUCUGAAAGAGCAAACCAUAGAUGAGACAGUGUGUCCCUCAGAGGACGCCCACAGCUCCACAGGGAAACAGCACGUGCUGUCCUUCAGCGAUCACUCCGACAUUGUGACUCUUGGAGAUCUGAAGGAGGACGAGCCCGCUGAGGUGGAGGAGGAGGAGGAGGCCGCCAACGGGGAGUUUUACCUCGGCACCUCCUGCAGCAGCCAGUACGCCUUCAGUGCUGCGGAGACUGUAUUCCCAGGGCAGCAGCAGCAGCCUGCAGUGACUCACUCCAGCAGCAGUGAGGACGAGGAAGGGCCAAGCACUGUUGUCCGAAGGCGAAGGUUGAGGAAGAAUACGGCUGGCAGCGUGACAGAGCCUGAGGAAGAGGAGGAGCAGGAGGAGGAUGAGGGUGAAGUUCUUGAUAUCCGAACGCAAGGCAAGGGCAGCAGCAUCCUCAGCAGCUGCAUCCUGAUCGCCCUCGUCGUAGCCUUCAGUGUGGGCUUUGGAAACUUCUAUGGUUCAGUCCAGAUUAAAGAAAGGCAGAAACUAGGGGAGGAAAUCAGAGUGAAUGAACUGGAUGUUGUGAUGGAUCUGAUUCAACGACAUGUUCGAGAACAACCUUUUAAACACCAGGGCCAGAUUGUUGACUUUGGAGCGGAUGAUCUGGAUCAGCAAGAAGUGAACUCACUGCUCUCACAGGUGAUGGAGAACAUUCCGAAAGAGAAGCAGGAGCUCCACAUCCAACAGGUUCUCAUUCAGGCCCAGAGAGAGGAGCUGGAGAUGUUGCUGAGACAGAAGGAGCAGACUGACCUGAUGGUGUCCGAGCAGCACCUGCUGACCGCUGAAAACAUUCUGCUGAUGAACUCCCUACAACAUAAAGAAGCGUCUGUAGUCGCCCUGCAGGAGGAGCUGAACAAGCUCAGAGAUCAGGAGGCGAUGAGAGCCGGUGCUGACUCGCUGCUUUCUGAAAACGAGAGGCUGUUAGACGAGCUGGAGGGGGGGAAACAGCUGAUCCGCAGCUUUCACAGCCAGAGGGUAGACAUGAUGGCUGAAACCCAGACACUGAGGAAGAAGCUCAACAAGCAGAGAACAGUUACAGAGGAGCUCAGGAGAGAGUUAGAGGAGCUGAGGAGUCUCUUCCCCAGAGCCAAUCAGGAGGCAGAGACAGAGGAGCUCCAGGCCCGUCUGACGGAGCUGGAGAAGAGGCUGAGCUUCGAGCAGCAGCGCUCCGACCUGUGGGAGAGGCUCUACCUGGAAACCAAAGAGGAGAGAGCUAAAGGAGACACGGAGCCCAAAGUCAAAAGUCAGAAAGGGGGCACGGCAGGAAAAGUUAAAGAGACAUUUGACGCUGUGAAAAACUCCACCAAGGAGUUCGUCCAUCACCACAAAGAGCAGAUAAAGAAAGCAAAGGAAGCCGUGAAGGAAAACCUGAGGAAGUUUUCAGAUUCCGUCAAAUCAACGUUCAAAAACUUCAAAGACUCGGCCUCGACCCUCUUUAAAAAUGCAGGAGGCUUUUAUGAGAAGAGACGUGGCGAGAAGAACACAAAGAAGGCGUGGCAGCACAGAUCCCCUCACAACGCACACCAGCCUCACAACGCACACCAGCCUCACAACGCACACCAGCCUCACAACGCACACCAGCCUCACAACGCACACCAGCCUCACAACACACAGCAGCGCACACACCAUGAGAGCAGCCACAACACCCGGAAAUCAGGAGAUAAAGUUCACAGAGAUGGAGGUCAAGAUUCCCACAAGGCAAACUUCAAAGGAUGCUCGGGAGUGUUCGACUGCGCCUUCCAGGAGUCCAAGAGUCUCUUCGAUAAAGCCAUGGAUCCAAUCAGAGCGGACGAGUUCAACCAGCUGCUGCGGAGCUACUUGCAUCAGGAAGUCGACCACUUCCACCACUGGGAGGAGCUCGAGAAGUUCAUCAACAACUUCUUCCACAACGGCGUGUUCAUCCACGACCGGAUGCUUUUCACGGACUUUGUCAGCGGCGUGGAAAACUACCUGAGUGAAAUGCUCGAGUAUCAGGGCCUCGACAACGACGUGUUCAGAGAUCUCAACGACUUCGUCUACCGGCACUUUUUUGGAAAGGGUUACAGAAAAAGCCACGGCCCAAAAACCACGCAGCGGACCGUUUGAAGGACCCGGCACAGACCCAAAGGAGUCGAAGGCGAAGCAUCAGCAGCGGAAGCAGAGAGCGAGAGCCCAACCGCACGGCGAGCGCACGUCGAGCCGCUCAGGAAGGGACGCAGACAGACACAUGGCCGACGUCAAAAUAGAACUGGGUCCGCUGCCGUUUGAUCCCAAAUAUUGAUAAUAUAUUUGAUUAGCCAAUUCCAUUUUGAGUUGUAUUUACCUGCUAUGUCCAAUUUGUUUGCACAAUGUUAACUUUUUAAUGCUACUGAACUUUCUUGAGCUGUUUUUGCUGUUUUGAAGUAGCUGUUACGUUUGAGUUUAAGAUGGGUCAUAUAUGAUACAGAGCUAAAACAACAUUAACACUCACCUUCAACCACAGCACAUAAUGUUUAAAAAUGUUUAUUGGGAAUGCAGAGCUUGUUUUAAGAUGAAUGUUUGUAAGUAUUUGUAGGAGUUGCUACAGAGACAGAUGUGUAUGACUGAGUUUGCUUUAAUUGUAAAGAUGCUAUGUUCUAACAUUCCACAUGAAGCCUAUUUUUACUGGACCUGAGUUUUAUUUUUAUUUGUGUGUAGUGUUGGGAAAGAAAUUACUGGAAGGGAAAAAUGACACACCACAUUUAUUUCAGUAGCAAUUUCAUGUCUUUACAAUCUCAUUCAGGAUCCAUUGUUCCAGUGUCAGUGCCUUUCAUAUAUAAAGAUGCUCCCUCCAACUCUCCCCUCGGGGAAAUGAGUAUGAAACAUC